CAUGUGAGUUUUUAUAUCAUUCAGUUGUCUACACGUUCUCUGAAUUUGCAAAGAGAUAUAUAUAUCUCAAAACCAUUGCAAUACAACCCUUGAAAAGAACUGCAUCAUUGGGUGAUAUUGAUAAUACAUCAUAAUAUAAUUCUUAAAUGAAAUUCACACAUAAAAAUUAAGGUCAUUUUUAUUUGUAAAUUUCACAAAAAGAAUAAGUGAACGUUACAACCAUUCAUAAAAAGUGUAUUACGUCUUAGAGGAAAAGUUUAUAACUAGAGGCGAAUUGUAACUCGAGUGAAAAAUCAAUCAAUGCAGACAUUUUCUUUCUACGAAAACAAUGUAUGAAAUAUUAACAUCGAUAAUAUCUUAUUUAAAUUGAUUCAACUUUAUUGACUCCAAUAUUUUAACGUGCAAUAUUUUAAUGCUGAUGAUUUGUUUUUUGAAGCUUUUCAAGUAAUAAUAAUCUACAAUGGCUGAUCCUGAAUGUGUUGAAAUGGAGGACGAAGAUUUUGAAGUUGUAGAUGAAUGCGAAGGUGAAGAUGAAGAUAUCAUACCAGAGAAAGACAAUGAAAAUGACGUAGUUGAUGUAAAUGAUCAAAAUAAAUCACCAGAGAAUUUAGAAAACGUAUUAACUACGAAUAAAGAACAAAAUACUUUAUCAGAAAAAAUUCAAACAAACGAUGAAUCAAACGCAGUAUUUACAGAAAAAGAUGAUGUAGAAGUAGUAGAAGUAAUAAAAUCUUCAUCAAACAAAAGUUUCGAAACAAAUCAGAGUAAUAACGAAAACAAAGAUGUUGAUAUUAUUCCACUAGAAAUACAAGGGUCACAAAAAAUAACUACAAACGAUAUACCUGAUAAAAAUACUAACACUAUAGAUUUUACUGCAGAUAUUUCUUUAGAUCAGUUAAAUGAUACAGAUGUCAUAAGAAAUGUUAAUGAUAUUGAAAAUAUUAACCUUGACUCUGAGAAUUGUCGACUUGAUAUAGAUAAUCCUGAAACUAAUAAAAUUUCAUCUAAUGUUUGUUCACAAGAUAAUGUUGAACUAACUGACAAUACUACUAAUGAAAGUAUUACAUCUUCAGAUAUCAUAAUAGUAGAUGAUCCACAAAGGAAGAAGCACGACGAUGAAACUCCUGUUGCAAUACCAGCAUGGUAUGAGGAAAAAUUGAAUGAAAAAAUUGCAACAGCCAAAGAACGACUUACCAAAUUAUCUAGAGUACUGAAACGUUCAUAUGGAUGUUAUCAAGAAUGUUUAGAUAGAGUUGAAGCUGCUGUUGGAACACCCGUCUGUAAAUUAUUUCCUCCCCGACGAUGUCCUUUAAAUGAACCUUACAUAAAUCGAUGGCGAUUUGUUUGCACCAAAAAACCUCUCGAGGAGCCUGCAAUAGCCAAAAUGGAGGAAGACAACAUUGAUAUGACUAUUGACAAGAAAGUCGAAACAGUUUGGCAGUUGGAACCAAGUGAGGGAUUAACAAGAAAUGCAAAUAAUGACUACCAAAAGAUUCCAACUUUUGUAAUGCAUGUUGUUAAGAUAUUUGAAGACUACAUCAAUUCUAAUAAUCAACAACAAGACUCAAUCCCCUCUUGUAAAAAAGAAGAUAAUGAAUCAUGCAAACCUAGCGACUAUACAAAGGACGUCGUAGAGACCAUUGAAAAAAAAUUGGAAGAUGAAAAACAAUCUAAUGAAAUAAUUGAACAAGAACAAUGGCUAUGGUUAUUAGUAAGAAGUAACAGUAAAAAUGAACUAAUGUUAUUCGCUACUGGAAAAUGUAUCUCUGAUAGUACAAUGGAAAGCAUGAAGCAUUUCUUCGAAAAAGGCAAGGGUGCUGAUUGUAAUGUAAAAUCUCUGUAUUGCAAAUCAUUAACAAAGGUUGGUGAGGUAUCAACAUCAAAUACAACUUUUUUGUUAGGAACUGAAGCAUUGGAUGAAACGAUAGGUGGAUUAAAAAUUCAGUUAGCUCCAAAAACGAAUUUCUGGUUAAGUACAGUAGGAGCUGAACAACUUGCGAAAGAAGUAGAAAUAAUGAUUGUCCCUAAUCCCAACACGGUAGUACUGGAUAUUGGAUGUGGACUUGGUUUAAUUGGACUUAUUAUGGCACCGAAAUGCGAAAAAGUAAUCGGAAUCGAUUCACCAUCUGAAGUAGAAGAAGCUGAAAUGACUUGUGAACUUAACAAAAUAAACAAUGCGUCAUUUGUAAUGGGAGAUCCUAAAGAAAUGAUCGCUACACUUUCUAAUUCAUUAGUUACUAAGAAAACAUCAGCUAUUAUUAAUGCUAAUGCUGAAGUAGGUCGAAAUAUUGACAUAAUAACUGGGUUGAGAAAAAUUCCAUCACUUCGUCGAGUCGUAAUGAUAACAACUCUAACCAAACAGUCAGUACAUUCAAUAUUAAAACUAAUUCAGCCUGCGGAUGAUAUUUUAGGCGAUCCAUUUGUACCUAUUCGUGCAAUCGUUGUGGAUACUCUUCCAAUCGGGCCACAAUUUGAAGUUGUUAUCCGAAUGGAUCGUCGUCCAAUGCACCGGAUAUUUAAUAUGCAUUUGUCUAAACCUCUAUCAAAAUUAAAGAAUCAAAACAGUCAAAAUUCUAAAGUUGGUUCACCAGGUAAACCAAUUGAUAAAACACUAUCACCGUCUAAAAAAUUCAAUAAUGGUAAAAGUAAUAAACGAGAAGCGAACAAAAAUCUGUUGUCUCCAAAACUUGAUCUUCUAAAGGGAAAAGGAGGUCGACCAUCAAGAUUACGUAGACAAGGAAAGAAAUUGGUUAAAAAUCCAUUUUAUGAUACGCUUCCAAAAUCAUGGGAAAAGAAUAAACCGAAUGUUAAAAUGGGUAACAAGAAAAAAUCUCCGAAAAUAGAGACGCCUUCUUAUAACAACGAUCGGAAGGAUAAAAAGUUUCUACCAUCAUUUGAGCAGAAAGAUGUGCCAAAAAGAAAGCGAGAUUGGGAAGGAAGAAACUUCGGAUCAUCAAAUUUAAACGUUAAAAAAACACGUAAUGAUGAUAAUGAUCUUCGAUUUAGAUUAUCAUAUAAUCGAAUAAAUUCACCAGAUUUAAUUCAACAGAUGGAAAAACAACAAAAACUUUUAGAGGUAGCAAAGCAAAAACUAAGUGGAUCCCGAACUUCUGUAGAUUCUUCAACAGCAAAACAGCUUCAAAAUAUGUUAAAGAUAGCUAUAGAAAAUACGAAUCAAGUUCAGAGUCAUUUACGUCGUUCAGUCUGGGAUAGAAUUGCUCCUCAUGAUAAAGAUUUCCCUCAUCAAGAAUUUGAUAGUCCUUCUAUAUUCAAAGGACGUCAUGUUAAAGAAUUAGAUAAAAAUGAUAUUAUUAUUACCACUUCAAAUGAUGAAUUUGUUCCAAAUAAACAACAAUUUCGCUCCAAUAAUUCUGGACCACCUCCAGUAGAACCAAAUUUGGUAGCUCCAAAAGAAAAAUGGGUUGUGUUACCUCCAAAGCAUGAUAAUAGUUACAACCAGUCUGAACGCAAUCAAAUUUCUCAAGACGAAUUAAGAAAUCAUGAAGAAUCAAAUAAAACUCGUUGGGCUCCAACUGCUUGUCCUAGACGACCUUCACCUCCUCGUCACUAUGAUGAAUUAUCAACAUCAAGAAGAUCAAUGACUUCGCCUCCUCCAUGGUCUUCAUCAACGCCUAAAGAUAAAUCUCAACACUUUCAACAAGUAAAUCGUUCUUAUGAUAUGAGUUUAAUAAAUCAAAGACAAUUCUCUCCACCUAGAAGAACUUUAUCUCCACAACGUCAGCGAUCUCCUCUACGACAUCGUGCAUCCACUCCAGUAAGACACUUGUCUCCACUAAGAAGACAAUCUUCGCCUGUACGAAUGGCUGAUGAUUGGGAUAUUCCAACAAGAGGUGCUGUAGAACAACAUCCUAAUUGGCAAAGAGGAGUAGGCAGGCCGCAAAAUAUAAGACAAGAUCCUCCACCAUUGAUGCAACUUAGAACUACUAUAGACAAUACAUGGAGUGCAAAUAAAAAUAAUGAUCAUUGGAAACCAAGCGGAUCAAAUGAUAGCUGGAAAAAUCAACAAAUAUUAGACAAAAGAUAUGGGAAUCAAAGUAAUGAUAGUUGGAACAAUCGUAAUAUGGAUGUAAUGAACUCUGCUCGAAGUAAUUCCUGGAUGGAUAAUAAGCAGCGAUGGGAUCCACCAUAUAAUUUAAAUAUAUGGAAUAAAGGUGGAGAAAGAGAAAAAGAAGAUUGGCAUGAUCUUCCAGAAGAUGCAAGAGAUCCUUGGGGAGAUGAUGGAGGCAUUGGUAAUCUUGGAAUAAAUGAUCGAUGGAAACAACUUGACAAUCCACAACCAUCUUCGAGCAAUAACUGGGCAGAAAAAAAUAUGCCAGAUUGGCCAGGUCAUAAUGAUGAGUGGCAAAAAAAACCCCAAAUGAUGAAUAUGAUGAAUAAUAAACCUUUAUGGCAAGGGAACAUUGAAAGCAAUAAAAAUAAUAAUAGUCGUUGGAACUUACCAAAUAAUGCACCACCACAACAACUAUUAGGAAACUGGCAACAAGGAAACGCCUGGCGAGAUAAUUCUUCACAAAAUAUAUCACCGUUUCAACGGCUCAGAUAUUUUAAUUCUAACUUGAAAUAAUGUUUUUCGUUCAUUAUAUGUCAUAUCAAGGUUUAUAGCAAUGACUGUACGUCAUUAUUUUCACUCGUUCAAAGAUAACUACAAUUUUUAAAUGAGUUCAUUAUAAUAUAUUCUUUUCAUUAAUAAAAUACAAAUUGAAAAUAUAUUAAUUAUAUUAUUUUUGUAAACUUCAAAAUGGGAUAGAUAUUUUGCUUAAUUAAGUUUCUUGUCAAUUAUUGAAAAUGAGAUCUAAAGGUUUUGUUUCUCUAGCAAAAUUGUAUUAGUUA